GCUUUUUGUCUCAUCUCCUUCUUCUUCUCUCUCUCUCAAAUCUUGUUUCAGGCGUAACGAAUCGAAUCAUAAACACUUAAAGCAGAAACAAAAACUCAACUUUCGAUCUUUUAACCGACCAAAGAUUCGUGGGUUCUUCUUCGUUUCGACAGAUUCUGUUCCGUUUUAGCUGUUACGCUCAUCUUUGCUUUUAUACAUCAGACCCUUCUCUUCUCUUCCUUCUUUUAUCUAAGUAAAAUGGGUGUUGAGAAAAUGGUGUGUUUGGCUUCUCGCACGGGUCGUCAGUUUCAGAGAUACAACAAAGGUCGUCGUCAAGUCGUUGGAUGUGUUCCUUACAGAUUCAAGCUAUCUAAUGAUGGUAAAAUCAGUGAUGAAGUAGAAGUUCUUGUUAUCUCUUCUCAAAAAGGUCACGCCUUGAUGUUCCCCAAGGGUGGUUGGGAGCUUGAUGAAUCUGUAGAAGAAGCAGCUUCAAGAGAAUGUCUUGAAGAAGCUGGAGUUCUUGGCAACGUUGAGCAUCAACUUGGAAAAUGGGAUUUUUUAAGCAAAAGCAGAGGAACAUACUAUGAAGGUUUAAUGUUCCCUAUGCUUGUUACAGAACAACUUGAGCUUUGGCCUGAACAACAUGUUAGGCAAAGAAUUUGGAUGAAUGUAACCGAAGCAAGAGAAGCUUGUAGAGAUUGGUGGAUGAAAGAAGCAUUAGAUGUUUUGGUUGUGAGACUUUCGUCACCAAUGAAUCAACCAAAGGAAGAGAAGACUAUUUCAAUCUCUAUUGAAACAAUGUGUUGAUUGCUGAUUGUGAUGGGAGUUCAUGAGCUAAUGGAUCUCUGUAGGUAUUAAAUAGAUGGGUUUCAAUUAGUUAUUGAGACGGCGAAAAAUUGAUUUCGAAAAGCUGAUGCAGAGGAGGACAAAAACAAAGAUGGGUAGAUUUUUAGGUUUUGGAGGAAGAAGAUUAACAUCAUGUGAUUUAAGAAGUCUUGUGUUUGUGUUUAUAAUGUUUCUGCAAGAACUUCUUAAGGUAUGAUUAAGAGGGAAGAAGAUAAACUUAGAGUGCAAGCAAAAACUGUAUAAUUGUGUUUCCCUCUGUUUAUGUUUCCUCUCUCUUCUUUGAAUUUGCAAUGGAGACAUUUGAUUUUAUCAUGAUGUUUUGUGAUUGAGA